AAGCAUACAUAUAUAAUCAAGUCUCAAUCUUUAGUGUCUGUACGAUUACAGAAUGUUGUAACAUUGAAAAAUUGAUAAUAUAAUAAUAUGUGUGAAAUUGAAAGAAAUUACGGACGAUGGGGUACGAGAAAAGAGACUUCUAUAGGCUAUGAGGCCUAUAAGUCCACAGUAACGCUUGAACUGUUAUCUGAGAUGGAGUUCUCCGAGAAGAAAUACUAUAGACUCAAUCACAUUCUAUUAUCAUCGAUUGGGCUCUGGCCAUACGAUACUUCUCGCCACAAACAAAUUCACACCAUACUGUCACUACUGAUAUUCUUAUCAUAUUUAACACUUCAGUUUAUGAAAGUAAUUCUUUCGGAAUGCAGCUUGGAUCUUCUUCUGGAAGUAUUAGCUAUUAAUUCCAUAUUUCUAAUGUUUCUUGCCAAACAUAUUAGUUUUCUGUUUAUUACAGAAAAUAUAAAACAAUUACGGAAUCGUGUCCGAAAUAACUGGAGUGUUUUAGUAAAUGAUCAAGAGAUCGAUAUCAUGCACAAAUAUACUAACGGAGGAAAAAACUUUACAAAAAUUUUCGCAAUAUUCAUCUAUUUUGGAAUUUUUGUUUUCACUUUAAUGCAAUAUCUUCCGGAUUUACUUGAUGUCAUAGUACCUUUAAAUGAAUCUCGUCCAAGUGUAAUUCUCCAUCAGGCGAAAUAUUUUAACAAUCAGGAAAAAUAUUAUUAUAUUCUAAUUAUGCAUGACGUUAUUGGAAUGUUCCUUUGUGCAACUACUGCAAUAGCUGCUGAAUCAUUCUCAUUAGUAAACGCAUUACAUGCUUUUGGAAUGUUUAAUGUUGCUAGUUACCGUAUGGAACAUAUGUUAAGCAUAAAUAUUUCACAAAUACGUGAAUUAGCUAAAAGUUGUGAUAGCACUAUUAUAUUUUGUAAUAAAAUAGUCGCUGCCGUGGACAUCCAUAAAAGAGCUAUGCAAUUUUCGGAUUUAUUACAAGAAAGCUUGGGGCUAUCGUACCUGUUUGUAGUUGUAAUGGCUAUAUGUACGGCAGCUGUUUCACUCUUUCGUAUGUUUCGAGUAAUAACAAUGCAACAGGAAGAGCAAGAACUUAUUAAAUUAUUCUAUUAUGUGAGCGUCCUUUUUAUAUAUUUAAUUAUAGGUAAUUUUGUUGGACAAGAAUUUAUAAAUCAUGAUGAUCAAGUUCAUCGAAUGAUAUGUAACACAAAAUGGUACAAGGCACCGGUAAAGAUUCAAAAAUCUCUACUUUUCCUGCUCAGAAAAACUACAAAAACUUACAAAGUUAAUGCUGCUGGUUUGUUUUGUCCCUCUUUAGAAGGUUUGGCCAGGACCCUCAGUUUUAUGGUUUCUCUUCUGACGCUCUUAUGUUCCAUUUGAAGAUAUUUUUAAUUAUAAAAGAUACAUUUGUCAAUUGUAUAAUUUUAUGGAAACUCAUGA